CCAUCUCAGGUUCGGUUUCAUGCGAUUAACAAUCCUUCUCACAAUGGACUAAUCCCUCGUCUGUCUGUAGCAAAAUCUAAACGGACGUUACAAUUAUGCUAUUGGUAAAUACGCAUGCUUAUUAGGUUCGAAUGUCCGGGAUGGAAUUAGGAACAGCAUGCACUCUCAGCGAUUGAAUGAACACAGCCAGAUGUCCUGGAUGAAACGUGAAUAAAGCGGAAAUAGCUGUAGGAUGAAAACAUGGCCGCGCCCGGUCUCGCACCCCCAGGACCUGACAGCUUCAAGCUGUUCACCCCCGAGUCGCUCCUUACUAUCGAGGAGCGCCAAUUCCAGGAGAAGAUCAAGAAAAAGCCCAAGCCCAAGUCUGACAGCAGUCACCGCGAGGAAGAAGAGGAAGAACCCAUGCCCAACGGUGAUCUGGAGGCGGGGAAGUCCCUCCCUUUCAUCUACGGGGACAUCCCUAAUGGGCUGGUGGCGGUACCACUGGAGGACUUGGACCCUUAUUAUAUGAAUGAGAAAACGUUUAUAGUCCUAAACAAAGGGAAAACCAUCUUCCGCUUCCACGCCACGGACUCCUUGUACGUCAUCAGCCCUUUUAGUCUCUUUAGGCGAAUAGCAAUUAAGAUUUUGAUACACUCAUAUCCUUUCAAGUGGUGCAUUGUCUUGCUUUGA